UGUGUAAAUAGCGAAUAAAAGUAGAAGCUUUCGAAUUGGCUUCGCCCUGCCCCAGAACCGGGAGUGUGUCAAUCAAUUCUUUGUCUUCUCAUUCAUUUUUUUUGUGGGCAGACAAAGACAUUCAAUGGACCGGAAAUAGUGUAAUUGGAAAAUCUGAAAAUCGUGACAACGAAUCUAGAUAUAAACCGUAAUAUUAUAGAAAAAUUAAUGCUGCAUGAUGAUAGGCGUAGUUGCUGCAACCCCAACCCCCAUGUCGCCUGAAAGUAGGCAAAGUGGAAGUAAACACGCACACAGAUGCAUGCCCCAUUGAAAAAUCAAUAAUCCCAGCCGGCGCGUAGUGCCCGAGUGCCACAAUAACAACAAAAAUAGGCUCUCUUAAAAAAAAACAGGAACAAGUGUAAACAAAAGCACAAUCAUAGUAAAAACAACGAGUAUUACGCAAAGUAGUACAUAAAAUAAUAACGAUAAAACAUUCCGCCCUUAGAGGAGCUCAGGCAUAGUCAUUAUACGCAACAUAAUACGAGGCCAAAGGAAUCCUUACACGAAUGCCAAUCAGCUUUUCCUAAGCACCAUGCAAACGCUGCGCAAGAAAACGAGUCCUUGUAAAUAUCGCAAUGAUCCGGGACGAUUUUUCGGCGAUGGCGUUCAGUUCAAGGCCAAGCUCAUCGGCAUUCUGGAGGUGGGCGAGGCGCGAGGCGAUAGGAUGUGCCAGGAGGCGUUGCAGGACCUCAAGAUGGCCAUACGGGCUGCCGGCGAACACAAGCAGAGGAUAACCAUUCAUGUGACCAUCGAUGGACUGAGGUUGAGGGAUGAGAAGACGGGCGACUCCUUGUACCAUCAUCCCGUCCACAAGAUCUCGUUCAUUGCCCAGGACAUGACCGAUUCCAGGGCGUUCGGGUACAUCUUUGGGUCACCGGACAGCGGCCAUCGGUUCUUCGGCAUCAAGACGGACAAGGCGGCCAGCCAGGUGGUGCUGGCGAUGCGUGACCUCUUCCAGGUGGUCUUCGAGCUGAAGAAGAAGGAGAUCGAGAUGGCGCGCCAGCAGAUCCAGGGGAAAUCCCUGCACGAUCACGCCAGCCAGCUGGCCUCCCUGUCCUCGCUGAAGUCCGCCGGCCUGGGCGGCGUCGGUCUGGGUCUUGGCGGGCAUGGCGACCUGGCCAGCGGUGUAUCUAGUGGCGGGCAUGCACUCACCUUGCUGGGAGGCAGCCUCAACUCGGCCUCCAAUGGAACUAGCCGGCUGGGAGUGACUCUCGACGUGGCCAAGGCAUCGGGAUCGGCGGCCAAAGAAAUCUCCCCCGAGUCCGUGGCCGAUUUGGUGGACCUGGAGCAGGAGCUCACCUCCCUGCAGCGGGGCAUCAGCCAAAUGGAGCGCAUUACUCCCAAUGACCCCGCUUCCAGCGGUCAUCCCACUUUGGCCAAAUCCGCCAGCGAAGACGAUCCCUUCGGGGACUCUUUCAUCUACGUGCCCUCGUACAACAUCCUGCCACCGCCGCCCGACUCCGGACGCAAUCGCCACAAGCCAAAUAAGACCCCAGAGACGGCGGCCAGCCUGGAUGCGAUGCUAUCGCCGGCUCCAGGUGCCAGCAGUUCCCAGUCGCCGGCAGCCCAGGUGGUGGACAACGACGAUGACAACUGGCUGCAGGAACUGGAGCAGCAGAACGACGUCUUCGACACCACCAAAGUGGGCACCGCCGCCGGACUAGGCUCUAUUAUGACCAUGGCACCCCUGGCAUCCAGCGAAUCCACAGCCACGCCGACCCAGCAACUAACAGAGAUGGGAGGAUCUGGAACGCUGGGAGAUCUGGAUAUUGGUUUGGGAUCAGGCUCCGUUCUGGGCCAGGCAUUGAGCAGCGAAGAUCAGGCCGCCACAGUGUUGUCGCUGGAACCACCUACGCUGACUUCCCUGGAGGAUCCCCAUGGCCAUGUCCAGGCGGCCGAUCCGGUUCUGCUGCCCCGCGACACGGAUCCGUUCUCCCCGACGCGCAAGAAGAGUGAUCCGGACCCCUUCCAGGAGGGCGACCUCUUCGCCAAGCUGGACGCCUUUGAGUUUGAGGCUCCGCCGUCAGUGCCGGCUCCUUCGGUCCCCACGGACGCCAAGCCGAACGUCUUCAACGGGCCGCUCCAGGUGCAGUUGCCGCCGGAGAAAGAGCUCGAGCUCCAGCAGCCACCGGCAGCGGCCAUAUCCUCCAGCACGGUGAGGAAUCGUCCCUUGGCCGCGGUGUCAGCUCUGCCCAGUGGCGGACCCCUGGACGUGAUCUCCAGUAUUAGCAACAAGAAGAUGCCGCAUCUGUUUGGCCAGUCGCGGGCCUUUGGCAAGUCCUCCGACAUCGGAUCGAGUGUCAAUAUGCGGCGUCUGCAGGAGAGCGACUCCUUGAGCGAGACAGAGGCAGCUCCUGAGCCGCCACCGCGUCCGGACUCGGCUCCGUACUCCGAACCGCCGCCGCUGCCGCCGAAGAAGCAGUUCAGCGACCUGGUCAUUCGUCCCACGCCCGCCAUUCCAACUCCCCAGCAAGCGGCUGGAAGGUACGAGUACCUGAACAGCAGCAGCCAAGUGAGGAGAACUCCAUCCUCGUCCGCGGAUGCACCGCCCAUUCCAUUGCCAUCGCGUCGCGUGGGUCGUUCCGAUGGCAAUUUCCCGGGUCCGGGAAGACCCCGAAAGCCGGGACACACCGAGGAUGACUACCUAGCGCCGCUGGGAGGACCACCGCCUCUGCUUCCGCCGCCCAGCCAGGGAUCCUCGGUCAGGUCGAGACCCCAGAGACAGGCUUCGUUGGGCAGGCCGCAAGAUAUCUACGAGAACAAGGCGGAGAUCCUGCAGGCCCAAGCUCAGGCCCAGGUGCAGGGUCAAGUCCUGGAGAGCAGCGCCCCCCUGGCACCCGACAUCACCCUCACCCAGCUCCUCACCCUGGGCAUGGACGAGUUGGCCGUCAAGCUGAAUGUUCCCGCCAGCAAGCUGAGCACCAUGACCCUGGUCCAACUUACUGCCUACCUCUCGGAGUAUCUGUCCAGCGAGAAGAGCCAGGUCAGCAGCCAACCAGAGCGGAGAUCUUCGCCAGCCAAUCCUCCACCGCCAGCCGCUCCGCCCUCCACGGCCGCCGUUUUCAAAGUCAACUUCGAUCAGCAAACCUCCUUUGUGGCCAAGUUCGAUGACACCUUUGGCGAGGACGAGGUGCUUCCCGCUUCCAGUUCGGACUCCACUUUCGUGGCCAACUUUGCCAACUUCAACGACGCACCCGUUCCCACUCCUAUGCCGGGAGCAGGAGCAUUAUCAGCUCCCAUUGUGCCGCCAGCGGAUCGGUAUGCAGUCUUCCGCGAGAUCAUCGACCAGGAGCUCCAGCAGCAGCAGCAGGAAACAGACCUAAUGGGCGACCUAACUCCCCCGCCAGUGGACGAGAGUCUGAUUAAGGAAGCACCAGAGUGCUUGGAGGUGACCAGCGUUGCCCCAGAGCUGCCAAUCGAUGCCCUGGAGGUCGCUCCGGCUCCCAAGAUCGACACGAAAAUUACGGAAGUAGUGGCCCAGGCCAAGGAUCGGUACGCCGCCUUGAGGGACAUCAUCCUGGUGGAGAACCUCUUCGACAAGCCUUCACCACCAGUGGCUUCUGCUCAGCCCGAGAAGGACCUGCUGCAGGACUUUCCAGAGUUCAGCGAUGAGUUCAACGAGGACCACGAUCUGCGCCAGAUAAUGGACCAUCAGGAUCACGGGCAUAGCCAAGUUAGGGAUCGACGGGGUCUGGUAGAUAGCAGAGGCUUUCCCGCUGAACCCUCCUCCUCCGCCCUGACUGUGGACGACGACGACGAGGACGAAGAUGCCGACGCGGCCGGGGAGAGUAGUCUGGACAGCAAUGAGAAGGAUGCUGAGCCGGUGAGCGGCCAGGAUCAGUACGAGAAGCUGUCCACUUCCACGCAACAGCUGGACACCGCUGCUCCUGUUUUGGAGGAUCUGCCCCAGCCGCCUCCUCAGCCUCAGUCGUUGACCCCCAAGCAGGAUCAGAAAUUCUUGUCGGUCCUAACAGGUCCCCCUGGGGCCGGAACCAAGGACGACAUCGAAAUCGACGAGCUGAUGCAUCGGGCCAUAUCGAAUCUCUCCCUGGACUCUAGGGAGCGCGUGUCACCGGCCACAUCCUCGGCGGCUCCAUCGCGCGGAGCUCCCGGCCUGCACACUCCCUCGCAGUUCAACGAUGUCAGCACCUCACCCAUUCCCCUCCAGAAGCCGGUCCUGGGCGGCGGUCCUUCGCCGGUGCCCUCCCAGCUAUCGGCCGUCUCCCAGCUCAUCGACACGGCCACCAAGCAAAUAGGGGAUCGGGAUCGGGAGAAGCAGUCCGCCCAGUCCUGGGCCACCUUCGACUCGCCCAAGAACAAGGGCAAGGCCCGGCUUACUCUUCCACCCCCGCCACCUCCCGCUUCGAACACUUCCCAGCCAGACACGGUGGAGUCGCCCUGCAGCUCCGAUCCUCGGGACGAUGGUUGGUCUAAGCAGCAGCGCCGUUGGGCGAAGAAAGAGCGCCAGCAGACGUCCUCCUCGUCACGUGAUCUCAGUCCCUGGGACGACGAGACCCCCGAGUAUCUGAAGCGACGCCAAUUGGCCGCCGCCCAAAUGGCCCAUCCUCACCAGCCGCCGAUGCAGCCACCGCCAGAUCGGCAUGGCUACUACAUGCGGCACGCCAGGAGGAUGAACUCCUGCGACGAGGAUUACGACUACGAUGCGGAGUUCAUGGCUCGUCGGGAUCAGCAGCAGCAGCAACAGCAAAGGAAGUUCAAGCAUGGACUCUCUCGCAGCAGGGAUAACUUCGAUCUAGAUUCCCCCAGCUGGUAUCACCAUCCGGCUCAUCAUACCUGGUCGCCGCAGGAGAUCGAGCAGGCUAGGGCCAGGUCCUUCGAGAGGGCUUCCUAUGAACGUUCCAGCUAUGGACCACCGCCGCCCAUCUACGACAAACGCGGUCAGCUGAGGAGCAAGUACCGCAGCGACCACCGGGACAGGGAUCGGGAGCGUGAGAGGGAACGGGACAGGGACCGGGAGUACCGGGACUACGCUCGUCCCAGCUACGAUUUCGACUACGAAAACGUGUACGAGGAGCGCGGCGGACGUUCGCCCAUGGCCUACAAGCCCGGAAGAGGUGGUGCCGACUACAUGUACGACCGGGAAAGGGAUCGGGACCGUGACCGCAAGUCCUUCGAUCGCGAGAGCCUGGAAUCCUACGAGAGCGCCAAUCGACGGCGUCGCAGCUUUGGCAGCGGCAACGAUGUCUACGGGAGCUUGGACAGCCGCGAAGACUACCGCGGGGAGAGGGACAGGGAUCGGGAGCGGGAUCGCGAACAGAUGAAGACGCGGUCCCUGCGGAAGCCCACGACCACGUCGGGAAAGCUGCGCAUUAGCGGUGACAUAGACUACGAGCAGGAUUCGGAGCAGGACUUCCAGCAGCGGCCAGGUGUCCGGAGUCUGCAGCGGCCCAGCCAGUUGGGAGGGGAUGUGGUACUGCCCUCCAGUGCUGCUGGUGGCUCACAGAGACUGCGGAAGAGCAGCGGUUCCAGUCCAUGGGAUGGAGAGGAACCUACUUUGCCGGGCCAGAAAUCCUGGAAGCGUCCAGCCAGUGCUGCGGAAACGGAGAGGCGCCUGGCCGAAAGUCGUCGGGCGGCAGCUUUGGGACAAACUCCCUCAGACGGUGAAAAGGAGCGAAGAUUCCGCAAGAAGACACGUGCCCGCAGUGCCAAGGAUUUGGCCAAUAUGGGCACCAAUCCCGGCUCGGCUGUGCCACCUUCCCGCUACGGUCGUCCUGGUAUGAGGGAUAACUAUGACUAUAUGGGUCCACCCGGCCAGCGGAACGACGAAGUGGACGACGAAGAUGAUGACGACGACGAGGACUACGUGGACGAUGAGCCGCCUACGGAUGAGGACAAGUUCGAGAGGCUGAAUCGCAGAAGGCACGAGAUGCAUCAGCGGAUGAUGGAGAGCGAGCGACGGCACAUGGAACGGCAUCAGCCACCGCCGGCGCUGGGCAAGUUACCGGGUCAGAACCGGAACCGUGGCGGCGUAGGUGUCGUCAACAGCGAUUACGGAUUUGUGGACAGCUACGAGCAGACACCUACUCCGACACCGCGCUCCAAUGCCAGCAGUACGGGUCCCGGGGGCAUGAUGAUGAGCGGCGGUGAAUCCUCUGCCGGGGUGACCAGUUCCAAGUUUAAUUUCGACGACGGUUUUGAGUCCGACUUCAAUCAGAGCUCACCGCCUCCAGCUCCGGCAGGCACUGCAUCCAGCUGCACCUCCACGCCAGCUGGCCAGGUCUCCGGCAGUGGCAACAACGGCGGAUCCAAGAGCCUGUUCCGUUUCUCCAACGACUUCUCGGAUCGCGAGAAGCGGGAGCAGUUUGAAGCGGACACGCCACCAACUUCAACUCCUCCGAUCACCCAGAAACUACGCUUUGAUGACAAUGUCAAGGUCUCCCAGUUCGAUGACGCCGCCUUCGAGGAUGACUUCGCCAAGGCCUCCUUUGACUUCGAGAAGGAACAGGUCACGGCUGGAGGAGCUGGAGGAGCCAUGAGCCGAAAGCAGAAUAUGCGAACCAGCAAGCUGCAGCAGCGCCAGGAGCUCAUUAAGAAGUCGGAGUCUGUGAAUAUUUUUGCCAAAAAGCAAGAAGAUCCCUUCGAGGACGACGAGUUCUUCCGGUCGCCGGACCAGGAGCAGUCCAAGGAGCACCUCGAAGAGCUGCCGGAGUCCGGGGGCGGAGGCGGUGGCAAGUUCCAGUGGGGCGAGGAGGCGAACUUUGCCAAGUUCGAUGAAAACAUGUGA